CACCUCGUCCCCGGCCAAGCACACAUCUCGCUCUCGCCAGUCUUGUCACUCAGCCUCGCUGCAUCGCAUCGCCACGCUGUCACUUGCCAUGCGGGCCUCGCGCUACUUUGUCACGCCGUACUCGACGCCGCCGUCGGCGCCCGGCGCAGCGCCAACGUCGCGGCGCUACCGCUACGACCUCUUCGCGCCGGCGUCGGCGCUGCCGGGCGCGCCCCAUGUGCUGCUGCUGCACGGCUUUCCCGACGCCGGCUCGCUGCGCGGCGUCGCCUCGGCGCUCGCCUUUGCCGGCUUCACCGCCGUGCUGCCCGACAUGCUCGGCUACGGGCGCACCAGCAAGCCGCCGCAGACGCGCAUCGCCGAGUACGGCCCGCACGCCAUGGUCAACGAUCUGCUCGCGCUGAUGGAGAGUCUCGUGGGCCAGCAGCGCUUUGUCGUCGUCGGGCACGACUGGGGCUCGUUUCUCGCGUGGCGCUUUGCGCUGCAUGCGCCGCAGCGUGUGCUCGGCAUCGCCGGCAUCUCGGUGCCGUACGUGCCGCAGCCGUCGCAGACGCAGUUCCUGCCGUUUGAGCGGCUGCUGCAGGUCGUGCCCUCGUUUGGCUACCAGGCCUUCUUUGCCGAGCCGCGCAGCUCGGCGCUCAUUGAGCCUCGCAUCGACGACUUCCUCAGCAUGAUCUUCGCCGCGCCGCGCGCCAUGCGGACCGAGGCCGCGCGCACCUACGAGUGGAACGCGGCGGGCACGCUCGAGCGCAUGCUCCAGCAGCCGCUCGCGCCCGAGACGCUCGCCGACUUUAAGCAGGCGGCGCUGCUGCGCGGCGAGGACUGGGAGCGCGUGCUUGACUGCUUCGACCCGAAGCGCGGCGGCAGCAUCGAUGCGCCGCUGAACUGGUACCGCUGCCGGCGGAUCGCGUGGGAAGAGGAGCGCACUCUCGCGUCGCUCAAGCUGCCGCAGAUGCCGUACCUGCUGCUCAUGUCGACGCACGACGCCGCGCUGCCCGCGCAGAUGGGCGCCGCGAUGCCGAAGCACGCGCCGGCCGGCACGCUGCGCACGGCCGUGGCGCAAGGCUGCGGGCACUGGCCGCAUCUGGAGCAGCCCAACUGGGUCGUGCAGCAGAUCCGCGCGUGGCUCGAGGAGGAGGUGGGCGUGGGCCGUGCGGGCAAGAUGUGAGGCGCGGGCAAGAUGUGCAGGGCAUACGAGGUGCAGGGCUUAAUGGGAGGCGCAGAGCAGCAGGCGCAGGGCAUGAUGUGAGG